AUUGCCUCCAGUAAGCGAUUUAAUUCUUUCGAAACAUGUAGCUAUGGUGAAUGAGGGUUGAUAGGAAGAGGUCAAGAAAGAAACUGUAAAUAAAAUAUAAAUUUGUAUGAACUAAUCCGUUUAAUUUACUUUUUUGGAGUUUGGUUUCAUACUAGCGACUCAGGCUACCACGUUCGGUAAACGGGGUGAGAGAAGCCAAAGCCUGCUGUCUGAUGGCAUGUCCAGAGGAGGAGAAGGUGGAGGUGACCCUUGUUCCACGGUUGAUGAGGAGGCUCUACUCACAUGAUGAAAGCUCUCUGACCCAGGAUGAGCUGGACUGCCUCAAACUGAACAAUGAAGAGCACCCCUUCCUGGUGACCCAUCACCUGCGUGCCGUGAGGGAGGGAGAGGUGCCGUUGCUGCUUCACGGGACCCCCGUGACCUGCCGAGUGCACAGCACGGAGAGAUACACCACACGCUCCAAGGUGCGUGUGUGUACUCUAUACACAGUCUGGCUCACACACGGUCAGUUCACCUGGACAGUGAAGAGAAAGUACAAGCAUUUCCAGGAGCUGCACCGCGACUUGUACAAGCACAAGAUCCUGCUGCACUUUCUGCCCCUGGGGAGAUAUGCAGCUCAGAGGCAGCAGCUGGAAGCCAUGACAGAGGAGAUGCCCACUCUGCAUGGUGCUAACAGAGCCAGAAGAGCUUCCAGCAAGCCGAAAUACCUGGAGGAAUACCUGGGCAGCCUGCUGGAAAAUGACUUCUGCAGGAACUACCACGGCAUGCUGGAGUUUCUGGAUGUCAGUCUGCUUUCCUUUGUCAAAGACCUGGGACCCAAGGGCUUGGAGGGCUUCAUCCUGAAGAGGUCGGGUGGUCAUCGGAUCCAGGGCCUCAACUGCAUCGGACAUGACCAGUUCUGCUAUCGGUGGUCACGGCGCUGGCUGGUGGCCAAGGACUCCUUCCUGCUUUACAUGAAGAGGGAGGCGGGAGAGAUCUCAUUUGUGCUGCUCUUUGACCCUGAGCUCAAGGUCCAAGUGGGCCGGCGCUUCACGGACACCAAGUACGGCGUGUGCAUCCAGAACUUUACAAGAAACCUCGUCAUCAAGUGCAGCAGUUACAGACAGGCCCAGUGGUGGAAACAUGAGAUCCACAGGCUGGCAGAACCAUGUGACUUUCUAAAGGAGCACAGAUUCCAGGGGUUUGCCCCACCCCGGGAAGACACACUAACCAAGUGGUAUGUGAAUGGCAGUGGCUACUUUUCAGACUUAGCUGAUGCUCUGGAGCAGGCCAAGGAGGAAAUCUUCAUCACAGACUGGUGGCUCAGCCCAGAGAUGUUCCUGAAGAGGCCAGCCACAGACAACUACUGGCGCCUGGAUGAAAUCCUCAAACGCAAAGCAGAGCAGGGUGUGAAGGUCUGUGUGCUGCUGUACAAGGAAGUCCUGGGCAAGUACAAGCUGACACUGGCCAUCGACAGUGACUACAGCAAAAGGACCCUCAUGGACAGGCACCCCAACAUCAAGGUCAUGCGACAUCCAGACCACGUCUCCUCCAUUGUCUUCCUUUGGGCGCACCAUGAGAAGAUGGUGGCCAUUGACCAGUCAGUGGCCUUCAUGGGUGGGAUUGACCUGGCCUAUGGGAGGUGGGACGACAGUCACUACAGGCUGACAGACCUGUGUGCUGCACUGACACCCUCAGCCAGACCCGAGACUGGUGACGUAGUUGACCAGGGCUCUGAUGGACCGGCCUCUCAGCCCCUGGCAACAGAACAGACAUCAACUGAUCCAGGGGACCUGACAGACAACACUCAACUGUGGCUCGGCAAAGACUACAGCAACUUCAUCAAUAAGGACUGGGACCAGCUAGAUCAUCCAUUUGAGGACAACAUUGAUCGGAGCAAGGUUCCCCGCAUGCCUUGGCGUGACCUGGCCACAGUGCACCAUGGGAAGGCAGCCAGAGACCUUGCCCGCCACUUCGUCCAGAGAUGGAAUUUCACCAAGAUGUUCACAAACAAGCAUAACAACAACUUCUACCCCUGCCUGCUUCCGAAGUCGCACAGCACAGCAGACUGUCUGCCCUUCGUGGUCCCUGGGAGCAAGCAAGCCUCAGUGCAGGUGCUGCGUUCUGCGGAUCGCUGGUCAACUGGGACGUGUGAGAGUUCCAUCCAUAAUGCUUACAUCCAUACCAUAGAAAAUAGUGAGCAUUACAUCUACAUUGAGAAUCAAUUCUUCAUCAGCUGUGCGGAUGGGAAGAAUAUACACAAUGGUAUUGGGGACGCCAUAGUGAACAGGAUUCUGCGGGCACACAGUGAACAGAAGAAGUACAGGGUGUAUGUGGUGAUACCCCUGCUGCCUGGGUUUGAGGGUAACAUCAAUGAAGGGGGAGGUAACUCCAUGCAGGCCAUCCUCCACUUCAUCUAUAGGACCAUAUGCCGAGGGGAUUUUUCGAUUCUGGCCAGACUGAAGGCGCACAUGCAGGACCAGUGGAGCCAGUACAUCUCCCUGUGUGGCCUCCGCACUCAUUCCCAACUGGGCCAGUCCCUGGUCACUGAGCUCAUCUAUGUCCACAGCAAGAUGCUCAUCGCCGAUGACCGUUGCUACAUCAUUGGCUCGGCCAAUAUCAACGACCGCAGCAUGCUGGGCAGUCGGGACAGUGAGCUGGCAGUGCUGGUGGAGGACCUGGAGAGGGUGCCAUCCCGAAUGGGGGGCGAGUUGUACCAGGCAGGACCCGUGACUCUUGCUCUGCGUAAGGAGUGCUUCAGAGUUCUUUUGGGAGCAGAUUCAGAACCUGUCAUUGACAUCCAGGACCCAAUCGGUGAUGAGUUUUUCGAGGUGUGGAACAAGACUGCUGAAUCAAAUACCAGAAUUUAUGACGUGAUCUUCCAGUGUCUCCCCACCGACAGCAUCCAUAGCCUGCGUGCACUAAAGGAACUGACUUCGGUGGCGCGUCUGUGUGAAACGCAUCCUGAACGUGCUAGAAAGGAACUGGAAGCCAUCAAAGGCAUCCUGGUCCACUUCCCCCUCCACUUCCUCGCUGAAGUGGACCUCAUCCCUCCACUCAGCAGCAAGGAGAGAAUGAUUCCCAUGGAAGUCUGGACCUAAAGGGCAACAAAUUAUUAUGCAGCGCCAAUGCAAAGCAUGCUGGGAGUGAUAACUGUCUAUGAUGCUACAGAGGACUGCUUCACUUUAAAUUUAAUGCCACUGCCAAAUGUGUAUAAAGUCAGCACAUUUCUACAGUCAACUAUAGCAAUACAAUAUUUCAAACUUGUACAAAGAAAUAGCUUUAAAAAGUAUUUUGUGUUGAUUAAUCGACUCAUCCCCGCAAAAUAAUUUGAUUACCAAAUGUUUUUAUAUGGAAAUCCCAUUUUGGGCAUGUAUGUUAAUUUAAAAUGUAAAGCAAUUAACUAACUAUAAGGAUAAUAAGUUAUGAUAAUAUUACACAAUAUUAUUGUUAUUGCUGCAUUGUUAUACAGUAGAGCAGCAAUGGCCAAUCAUGUUCCAUGGAGGGCCAAGAGUACGCAGGUUUUCAUUUCAACCUAUCACUUCACCUGCUGAUUACACUAAUUACGUAGUUCCCUCAUCUCUGGUUGAAGGUGAAAUCAGCAGGCGUAGUGAUUGUCUGGCAUGAAAACCUCUCUCAGCCCUCCAUGGCACAUGCUUGGACCCCACUGCACUAAAGAUAAAGCUAGGACACCUGCAACCCUUUAUUGAUUAUUAUAAUAGAAGCAUCCCUCAUACAAAUUUAUUUGGAAGUAUGCUUAAGGAAAAUCUUUCAUCAGUAAUGCACAUCAAAGACAGAAUUUUAUGUAAUGUAAUUUCUCAGUUCUCAGUUAAACCCUUCAACUCAUUUCAGGCUACAGCUUGCCAUGACUAUUGUAAAUUGAGAAUAAUUAUUGACGUUGAGACAGCAAUAGGCAUCCUGCCUGCUUCUUUGCUGCACCACUACUCCAAAGUUAAUGCACUCCUUUCAGGCAGGAUUUUCCAUCUCAGUGCAGUAUACUGAAUGUGGUCAAUAAAUCUGACACUAGACUCAUCUCUUAAUUUAUAAUGUGUAAUGUGUUAUAAUGUGCACUAAGAAACGGUGAUAGAAUGGAAAAAGUGGAAAGAAACAUGCAAGCCUACAGAACAGAGAAAGAAACCUGAACCUAAAACCUCUAGAUCAGGAUAAAGAGAGAAAUAGAUUGUAUCAUGUUGUAUGGAUGAAAUUAGAUGAGGCUAUACUUUUUGAAAUUAUACGUUUCUGAAAUUUCUCAAACUUUGUGACAAAAUUAGAGGAUAUAAGUCUCUAUCUAUCUCUCUCUCUCCCCCUCUCUCUGUAUUUAUUCAUCAGUGCUGUAUCCACUAGAGUCUCUGCUGGCCAUUUGUACACGUUGUUAUGGUGACAGAAAUAAAAGCUAACUACCAAGUGUA